UGCUGCAGCCUGGAGCCGAGCACAGCUGCCCGGUGCAACCAGCGGCAGACAUCAAUGACUAUCCGGCUGCACCGUUAAAUGCCAAACGCAGGCCGCUGUUACUGGACAAAAAAACACAAGUAGGCACAAAAGAGAGCCGGUGAAAAUACUUAUCUGUUGCCUCUCUACUUUGGUUCUGACCAAGUGGGUAUUCUUCUACAAAUGGAUAAUGGAGACUGGGGCCAUCGGAUGACUACUCCCGUUACCUUGAACGUGGGAGGCCACCUGUACACCACCAGUCUAUCCACCCUGCAGCGUUAUCCAGACUCCAUGCUGGGCGCAAUGUUCCGGGGAGAUUUCCCCACAACUCGAGAUUCCCAAGGGAAUUAUUUCAUCGAUCGCGAUGGAACACUUUUCCGGUACAUCCUGAACUUCCUGCGGACGUCUGAGCUGACCCUUCCCGUGGACUUCACAGAGACAGACCUCCUGAGGAAAGAGGCGGAUUUCUACCAAAUCGAACCUUUGAUCCAGUGCCUUCACGAUCCCAAGCCGCUGUACCCUCCCGACAUCUUUGAGCAGGUCGUGGAGCUCUCUAGCACUCGGAAACUGUCAAAAUAUUCAAACCCAGUUGCUGUCAUCAUCACACAGCUAACCAUAACUACGAAGGUUCACGCCCUGCUCGAAGGUAUUUCCAACAACUUCACAAAGUGGAACAAACACAUGAUGGACACCAGAGACUGCCAGGUGUCGUUCACCUUCGGACCAUGUGACUAUCAUCAGGAGGUGUCCCUAAGGGUUCACCUCAUGGACUACAUAAUGAAGCAAGGUUUCACCAUUCGGAACACGCGUGUGCAUCACAUGAGUGAGCGUGCAAACGAGAACACGGUCGAGCACCACUGGACUUUCUGUAGACCAGCUCACAAAGUUGAAGACUGAGUUACAGCACAGCGGUGGCACUGCUGUUAAAUUUGUCUUCAUAUUCCACAAAUCCUGAUAACAAAAAAGAACUAAAUUGACCUCCAUUUCAUUCAUGUAUCACUAACUGAUUUUUUUUUUCUUGCUUUAGCCAAUGUUGAAUAGUGCACAAAGCUGAAAAUCCAGACAGCAAAAAAACAUGAAAACGUGAAUUCUUAAUUCAUUCACCUGUUUAAGCACAAUACUUUCUCGUCCAUCUUGCUAAGUACAUAUUUGACAUUUCUUGAAAAUGGAAUAUGUCUUUGAUUGUAAGGUCUGAAAACUAAAAACAGCAUUUCUUAGGAGGCAGAAAGGCCGUGAAGUUAAUUCAGUAAGGACACUGUAUUAACAUAGUGAUGCUAAAAUGUGGGUGCAAUGAUUUUUAUAGGAAUAAUUGUGGUUAAGAAAUGAGUAAUAAAGUGGUUGUAAAGAAGUACUCAUGAUUUGAGACUCGGUGCCUACAUAUGGUAUCAGAUCUUAACAUUAAACUGCAUUAAUAUGAGUUUUAAUCACAAUUUGUAGGAAAAAGUAAAAAAAAAAGAAGAGCUGUCUUGUUCACAAGUUACAUCAGAUUUUGAACUUGAGACACUGAACAAAUAACUUUUUUGGACUCCAAGAUGAUAGGAGUUUACUUUUUUAUAAUAAGCAUAACUUAUGGUUAUCUUUCGCCUAGUAGUUUUCUGGUGAGUUUACAGUAGAUCUUAGAAUUAGUCUCUUAGGUCUCUAUUAUCCCCUUGUACGGUACUAUUUCUAGCCCCUAGUAGUUGUUGCAUGUGUCUGACUGUCUUGUGUAUGUAUACUGUAUGUAUCUGCUCUGUGUGCUUAAUAUUACUACGUCAUACUGUUUCAUUUCUGAGCUCAUAUCAACAGUGAUGUGUUUGGUCAUCCCAGCCAAAAUAAAUCCAUCUGUGUAUUUGAUUUCAUUAAUUUCGCUUUGUUGCCGAACUUUGCAUUUUAGCUCUGAUAUUUUGCGCUAUAGCUCGUUUGGUAUAUCAGCUGUUCAAACAUCCAACCACUUCCAGUCACAUUCAAGUUAACUCCAAAUUUCUAACCUAAUAGGAGGAGAUAGUAUAUUUCCCAAGCAUGUACAGUUAAGCAAUAAUUCAUCUGAAUAAUUUGGCACGUCAAAUAUUUUAGUUUAAUACGUUUUUAGCUAUUCACUGGGUUUAAAGAAUGUGUUUGUGAGGGUUUAUGUUAUUCACUGUAAGAACUGUCUGACCGCGUUAAACUGCAUUGUCAGAUAA